AUAAUCUUGCAAAUAUGCGAGACCGGUUUCAGUGGCAAUCAUAGCAUUUUGCGCAAUUCGCAAUCAGCUGGAAGCGUCUAUUUGGUGUUUUAAAAGAAAUGGAAGUGAAAAAAAAGAUUAAGGCUAAAGGCACAUUUCGUUGGUCUGAAAGCCAAACGAAAGACCUUUUGAUAAAUAUAGUGGACGCAAUAAAAGAGAAUCCGGAACAUUUUGAGAAACCAACAGCCCAAAGGUUUUACAACAAAAUUGGCGAAAAAGCUCCACAUUUAAUGAAUAUUAAAUGGGACAUAAUGAGGAUUAAAAUGAAGUAUUUGAAAACGACUUUUUUAUCUGCGCUCAAGUGGAAAAGCCAGACUGGUGCAGGCUUACUUGAAAGUGCUGAUCCUCGUAGUGUGGAAGAAUACAUAAAAAGAAUAUGUCCUUUUUAUGAAGACCUUCAGGUGAUAUUUGAACGUCGCAUAAGUGUUCAGCCACCAGCGAUUUAUCAAUCCACAGAGUUGGUGUCAGCGUUGGACGAUACAUAUAUGGAAUAUAUUACCCCAGAGAUAGACCCCGACACAAGUUCUUCGAGUCUGUUACCCAGUCCGUCUGUUAUUAUGUAUCCGUCUGCAGAUGAAGUAGUUAGUCCGUCCGCUAAUUUUGCAUGUACAUCUACACCAAGAAGGAAUAUGAAAAGAGUUCAAAUCCAUUUUCAUUACUUUUCGAAACCCAAAAUAAGAAGUUGGAACUAGAAGCGAAAACAUUGGAAUUUGAAAAAGAGAGAGAGGAAAACAGUUUUUAAUUGCAGAAAUUACGGUUGGAGAAAGAAAUAGAAAAUGUCAGAUUGGAACACGAACGAUUGAAAAGCUGUAUUCAAAUUUAAUACAUUUGUUGUUUUUUUUUACUUAGUGAAUAUGGUCCACCUUGUUUUUUUUUUUACUAUAUCCGUAUUAAGUAAUUUCUAGUCAAAUAAUUUAUGUUACUUGUUUAUGUAAAGAAAUUGAAUUUUAUUUGAAAAAAUAAAUAAGAAAAGAAUUUUUUAAAUUAAAAUAUUUAUUGAUUAAACAAUUGUUCAAAGAUUUUUCGUCACCUUAUCUCCCCUUCAUUGGUACGAGCAUUUGGUUCCCAUAACGACUCGUCAAUACUGUGCUCCGAUUCCUCAGGUUGGUAAUCGAAAUAAUCGUCUUGUUGGAGUAUAAAGAUGUGUAACAAUGCACAACAGAGAAUCCAUUUGUUAACUUUUCUCAUACCAUUUUCAGUUUUUAUUUGGAGCCUUAAACCUUUUAAACUACCAAAUCUUUCCUUCAGCAUUCCAAAACAAUGUUCAAUUCUAUAUGUUCAAUUCUAUAUCGACUCAAUUCUAUAUCUUCUCAAUUCUAUUCUAUAUUACCUGAGUGUUUUGUUAAAAAAAUUCCUUUGGCUUAGUGUUAAAUUUCUAGAAUUUUCUCUAAAUGGCGUUAUAACAGAACUCGAUAAUUUAUAUGCACUGUCACCUUCUCCAAAAAGUUUAUGUGCUUCAAUUGACAAUUCGCUGUUAUUAAAUAGACGUGCAUCAUGGACGCUACCUGGAAAGCCUAACAUCAAGUGCCUUAUUUGUAAUCUAUGAUCGCACACGGCUUGUGCCUUAACGGAGUAAAUAUGUUUUCGUGAAAAGUACGCUUCUGGGUCCUGUGACGGGUUUUUCGCCAAUGGAAUUUCGGUACCAUCAACAUAUCCUAUGCAGUUAGGUAACUCACUCGAGUUUCUAAAACGAGCUUUUUGCGUUCUUCCGUACUGACGAAUUCUGACCUGAAUGAUACCACCAUCACUGAUUCCAAAUAAACCUGCAAUCUUCGGAAGAGUAGCUCCUUCACCGCUAGAACCUAAGCGAUACAACACAAUUGCCAGUUGCGUUUAAAUACAUACCAUUGCCCUCACAAAAUAAUUCAAUAACCAUUAAAUCAUUUAACACUGCUACUUCCAAUAGCUUCAAAAGAUUUUGUUUAUUACUGAUUCUCGCCAUUUUAGCUUUUUUAUUACCUACAAAUGAAAAAAUGGCAGACUUAUAGUAAUAUUGCUACAGCUGCCAAAAAGCGCUCAUUUAACUUGUGUUGCCAUAUUACAAAUUUACUAUUUUUAUAUAAUUGCGGAAGAUGGAGUCAUGUGUAGAAGUUCACGCAAGUGAGGAAAGUUCUCUGAUCGCCAUUCACUUGGGAGUGGCCAGAAACGCUUCUUUUACAUAUGACUCAAGCAGCUCACGACUUCCGAUCUUUGACCAAGUAUCCUCUGGGUAGCCUAAGAACAUCCGUUUGAAGGCGAGCUAAAGUGAGAAAGCGAAACAUCCCCUACAUAGGGUUGUGCGCUGGGUUUGAGACCCACCACGUAAAAACAGUACCAAUGAAAACUAAACGACAGCCUUGCUGUUGUUAACUCAGCUAUAAU